AUGACAGAGGACGAGGUGCUGAAACAACUGCAGAGUAAGCUGGAACAGGAGGCAGGAACCCUGGCAUCGUCUGGAAGGAGCGACGUGCUGCACCAACUUAAAGAACUCCACAUGGACCUCACCAAUUACUACGAACUCAAACAUCAACCUCAUAACCUGAGGCUGCUGACAGGCAGCCUGGGAGGGGCGGGGCCAGGUGUUGGCGGAGGAGCAGAACUAGAUGAUCACCUAGCUCUGGCCUCGUGCUCCUCCUCCUCCUCGAUGGCCGCAGUAAGCAGAGGUAGGAGUCCUCACCGAUCGGCAUCCUGUCAAAGCACAGUGUCUGCCGGGAAGACCGCCGCUGUCAUCCUGCCGCAUCACUUCCUGGAUGGAGCCCCGCCCAAAAUAGCUAUGAUCACCGGAGCAGACGGACGAGUGAUUGACCAUCACCUGGACGAGCUGUGCAAGGAGAGGGACCUCCUGCUGGGGGAAAUUGACCGAGAAGAGAGGGAGCGCUGCUGGUUCUUCAGCCAGCUUGAGGAGCUGUCACAGAAACUGGCCCAGCUGCCACGCAUCGACACGUUUUCACUACAGAUAGACAUGAUCCGGCAGAAGCUGGAGUUCGAUGCUCAGAAGAUCCGGUCUGUGAUGGAGGAACGCUUCGGCACCAGUGAUGAGGUGGUUCACAGGACGCAGAAGCGUGUUGCUCGUCUAGAGCAGCUGGAGAAAGAGCUGCAGGAGGCCCGAGGGAGUCAGGAGAGCCAGCUGCAGCUCUCUGGUGCCGAGAAGCCCCCUGCUGGAGAACCAGAGAACAGCAGCUCAUCAUCAGCCACAGCAGCAGGAACAGAAGCUGCAGACGGUGGUAGCAAGGUGGAGAUGGUCUUCUGGUUGCUCUCCAUGCUGGCAAACAGAGAUAAGGAGGAGAUGUCCCGGACUCUACUGGCUCUCUCCAGCUCUCAGGACAGCUGCAUUGCCAUGAGAAAGUCUGGCUGCGUCCCCCUUCUGGUCCAGAUUCUGCAUGAAGGCCCGGACGGAGGCAGCGGUCCUGGUGAGACAGCAGCGGGUGGCACCACAACAGGCUGCAGCCGUGAGGCCAAGUCCAGAGCAAGCGCUGCCCUCCACAACAUCAUUUACUCACAGCAGGAUGAGGGCCAAGCCCGCCGGGAGAUGAGGGUCCUGCACAUGCUGGAGCAGAUCCGGACCUACUGCGACAGUGGCUGGGACUGGAUCGAGAGCCACGCCGGGACACCUUCACCAGGGGGAACCAGAACCACAGAUAUCCCUGAACCCGUGGACCCUCAAAUCUGUCAGGCCAUGUGCGCCAUCAUGAAGCUCUCCUUCGAAGAGGAGUUUCGACGAGCCAUGAACGAAUUAGGCGGUCUGCAGGUGGUGGCAGAUCUCAUCCACCUGGACCAGGAAAUGUACGGCAUGCAGAACGACCCCAUCAACAUGGCUUUGCGUCGCUAUGCAGGGAUGGCUUUGACCAAUCUCACCUUCGGGGAUGUCGUCAACAAGGCCACUCUGUGUUCGAAGAAGAGCUGUCUCCAGGCUUUGGUGGCCCAGCUGGCCUCCGACAGUGAGGAACUCCAUCAGGUGGUCUCCAGUAUCCUGAGGAACUUGUCCUGGAGGGCUGACAUCAGCAGUAAGAAAGUCCUCCGAGACAUCGGCUGUGUGUCUGCACUGAUGACCUGCGCGCUGCAGGCCACCAAGGAGUCAACGUUGAAGAGUCUUCUGAGCGCUCUGUGGAACCUGUCCGCUCACAGUAUCGACAACAAGGUAGCAAUCUGUUCGGUGGAUGGCGCUUUGGGCUUCCUGGUCAGCACGCUGACGUAUCGCUGUCAGACCAACUCACUUGCCAUCAUCGAGAGCGGCGGAGGAAUCCUUCGAAAUGUGUCCAGUCUGGUUGCCACACGAGAAGACUAUAGGCAAAUCCUCAGGGACCACAACUGCCUCCAGACUCUGCUGCAGCACCUGCGCUCCCACAGCCUGACCAUAGUAAGCAACGCCUGCGGGACUCUUUGGAACCUUUCGGCCAGAAGCCCAAAAGACCAGGAGCUGCUGUGGGACCUCGGGGCCGUUAGCAUGCUGCGCAAUCUUAUCCACUCCAAGCACAAGAUGAUAGCCAUGGGCAGCGCUGCAGCUUUAAGGAACCUCCUAACCAAUCGACCGCUCAAAUAUAAGGACACUGCGGUUGUAUCCCCCGGGUCUUGCAUGCCCUCACUCUACAUGAGGAAGCAGAAAGCUCUGGAGGCAGAGUUGGAUGCCAAACAUCUUGCAGAGACCUUUGAUACCCUUGAGAAACAGAGCCCCAAACACCUGACCCUCAACAAGCCACUACGAUACAUCGAGAGUUUGGCAAAAGAUUACGCAUCUGAUUCCGGUUGUUUUGAUGAUGAUGAGGCUCCAAACAUCUCAAGUAGCCUGGACACUGGGAGCUUCUCCAUGCUGUCCAUGUUUCUCACCAACUCUAACCUCCUGCAAAACCAGCUUCGCAAGAGGGAUAGUGAGCCUGAGAGAGAUGUAGACCCGCCUCAGACUGUCGAGAAGAAACAUGCUUCUCCUGAUGAUGUGGUCUCUGCUGCUGCAGAGAAGCUAGCAGAAAAGAUCACCAACACAGUUGCCAAGAUUGACAGGUUAGUGGAGGACAUCACCAUGCACACAUCCUCAGAGGACAGUUUAAGCCUAAGCUCUGAGGACCACCUGGCAGACUGGCCUUAUGGACUGGAUGAACUCAAUGAAGCCCGGGCAAAGUCAUGUUCCCCCUGCCGUCUCUCUGAUACAAGCAGCUUAGCCCACAGGGAGCGGCUCAGCAGAGCCCAUGCCCUCUUGCGCCUCAAAACUGCCCAUACUAGUGUAUCAACAGAUAGUCUGAACAGCGGCAGCACCAGUGAUGGAUACUGCGGAAGCAAAGACCAGCUGCGCCCUUCACCAAAAGCUCUAAUGAUGCAACAGCAACGACCCAAUCAGCUCGACCUGAAGGUGGCCCAUCAAGAGUAUAUUAAUGUAGGACCUGCUGCCCUGAUUGAGAGUAGCCAGCAAGAAAUUCCAGAGAGAGAUUCUGCUGAAAACAAAAAUGGAAAAGUUCUAGAGCUCAGCAAUGGAAACACAGAAAAGAACCAAGAUCCACCUGUGCAAACACCAGUUAGUGCAUCCACUAAAGUGUCCUCUGAUGUCAGCAUGACUUCAAUAAAACUUUCUCCUACUUAUCAACAGGUCCCUCUCAUUCAGAGUGUAGCCAAAUUUGGUGUAGCAAAGACUGCUAUCAAUGUCCAGGCUGCCCAAGCAAUGAGGCGGCAAGCAUGGGUACCUACUGUGAUGACAGGAGGGAGUAUUGCAAAAUUUUCUCCAAUCACUUCAACCCGAAGCCCAACCAUCGGAACGAUGGAGACAGUCCAGAAAUAUUCUGUGGAAAAUACCCCAAUCUGCUUCUCUCGCUGUAGCUCGCUGUCCUCCCUCUCCUCAGGCGAUGGAGCUCUGGAUGGGCAAAGUGAAAAUGAACUGGAAAGUGACUCAUCAUUAGAAAUAAUUGAAGUGGAAGAUGGAGAAAUGGUGAAGAGAGUUGAAGAGGAUGAAACCUUGGAGGAUCUGAGUGACAGUCAACUGCUAAUGACUGACUCAAAAACCUUCCCAAGCAAAGAGACAAAUCCCAUUGAGAUCCCCUGUCCAGCCAAAAGGGAAAAAGUGUUCCUAAGAGGAGCUUCACCUGCCAUACUUGAAGACCGAUCACCUUCUAGUUCAUCUGAGAACUACAUCCAUGAGACACCCCUGGUAAUGAGUCGCUGUAGCUCGGUCAGUUCACUGGGUAGCUUUGAGUCUCCUUCCAUUGCCAGCUCAAUUCAGAGUGAUCCAUGCAGUGAAAUGAUUGAUGGAACAAUAAGCCCUAGUGAUCUUCCUGAUAGCCCAGGGCAAACCAUGCCUCCCAGUCGAAGUAAAACUCCAUGUUGUGUUGAGCCCAAUGGGCCAGAAACACAGAUGACAGGAAUAGCAGGGCAAUGGGAAAGCAGUCUGCGGAAGUUCAUGGAGAUUGCAGACUCUAAGGAGAGGUUUAACCUUCCUCCUGAUUUGGACACAAUGAUCUACUUUACUGUGGAAAAACCCACUGAGAACUUCUCUUGUGCUUCCAGUUUAAGUGCUCUACCUCUACACGAGCACUACAUACAGAAAGAUGUAGAGCUUAAAUUAACUCCCCUGCUCCAGCAAAACGACAACCCUGAGGAGGAUGAGCAAGGACCUGACAAUGGGGAGCGAUACAGUGAGGGCAAUUCAGAUGAUGACAUAGAAAUCUUAAAGGAAUGCAUCAACUCAGCAAUGCCAUCAAAGUUGAGAAAAGUAAAACCUUGCCUGAUGACCACGAUCCCUCCUCAUAUUCUGAACUCCCAGGCCCGAAAACCAAUUCAUCUUCCAGUUUACAUGAUGCUCCCAAAUGGCAAAACCCAAGUGUGUCCCGGGAGAAGAAUUGUCAUCCCUCAAAAAGACUUAAAAUUUGAUGAUUCAUCUUUUACUGAUUCAGCAGAAGGAACACCUGUCAACUUCUCAAGCACGACAUCUUUGAGUGAUGAAACACUGCAAUAUCCAGUGAGGGAGAGGGGGGCUAAAGACUGCACAGCUAAAGGGAUGAACAAACAGAACGAUGAGGCAAAGAGGAUUGAAGACUUGCGAAUAUUCUCACAUUUCCACAAACCCAACCGCAUGAACUACUCACCUGAGAUACAAAUGAGCAGAACAACCAGACAUGUCAUUCCCACUCAGAAGGUGCUGAUGCAGAGCAAAGAGGUAGCUGAUAGAGUGGCAAACCAAAAAAAUCGUGAACAGUCUCCUAAUCAACAAAGAAGGAGACAAGAUCAAGGCCCCAUCAGAAAACUGGAACUGCCUGUCAUUAAGCAAAACACAGAAAGUAACAUCAAUAUGGGUUCACAAAAAGGAAAUAAAAUGUACCGACAAACAACAUUGUCUUCAGAGGACAGCAACAGCUUCUAUGACAAUGACAAUGAGGUCAUGAAUCGAAAACAUUUCAGAGAACCAUGCAAAAGCAAUCUUUCCCGAAGCAUGACAAAUAUUGGCCGGUCAGAUAAUUCCCAAGCAAAGUCCAGAGGGUUUCACAGGAUAAAACAGAAUCUGAUAAAAGAUGAAUCAAUGGCUUGUUACUCACUCAGCUCCUCUCUCAGUUCACUGAGUGAUGCUGAAUAUGAUGAUCAUAAAUCAAAAGCCCAACAAAUAUGGUACAAGAACAGACACAAUAAAGCAGUGAACAUAGUACAGCAAACAAAGCCAGUGAACAUUCACUGCCAAUACGAAGAGCAAAGCUCGCCAAGUUCUGUCAGCAUGGAUUCAGAGGACGAUCUCCUUCAAAAGUGCAUAACAUCUGCCAUGCCCAAACAGAGAAGGAAGUUGGCUGCCAGGAAAAAGAAAGCAGAAAAUAUUCAAAAACAAAAACACAAGGUUUCUUGUGGGUGGGACGUGGAUGAGGAAAUAGAUAGUGAUGACAUGGCAUGGGAUAAAGAGUCAGACCUCAAUAGUGUUGAAUGGAGAGCCAUACAAGAAGGUGCUAACUGUGUGGUCACUGGACUACAAGCUUCAAAGUCUCAAGACCCGUCCUCUGAAGAGACUGAGUCGGUCCUGUCAUUCAUGUCAACAUCCAGCUUUACACCCAAAGAAAGAAAGUUUGCUAAGGACAAAAAGGCAAAUAAACCUUUGGACUUUGCACAGCGCAAGCCAGUUCCAAACUUACCAGUGGUAUUCAGAGGCAGGACAGUGAUUUAUACACCGAAAAAGGAGACGGCUCCAUCACAAAGACCACCUCCAAGAAAAGUACCAACCAAAACAGAUGCUCCAAAGAAUCCAAACCUAGCGCAGCACAGAUCAAAGAGCCUUCACCGGCUAGGCCACCCCCAGGAUAUGGAACUGUCUUUGCCAAAGAGGAGCUCUACCCCACCUCCAAGAAUACCAAAAAGUUCAUCUUCUGGAUCAUCGCAGAGCUCAACACCAUCCAAACAGUCACAGAAGAAGAUAACUUCUCCAGCUCAGACUAACAAAUCCAUCCAGAAAAAGAAUGCUACACCAGCUAGUAGCCCACCAGCUACUAGUCCUCCUGAAAGAAAAGGACGCUCUCCUGUUGUGAAUCAAAAUGAGAAAUCCCCACCACCUAAAACUCAAAAGUCUCCUGUCCGAAUUCCUUUCAUGCAAAAUUCUGUCAGGCAACCCAGACCAUUGUCCCCACUGGUAACAAACCAAACAACUGGUAGACAAACAAACCAGGUUAAUGGGAAAAGGGUGGUACCAGCCAAUCGGUUUGAUCUCGUUAGGAUGACUUCUGUCCAUUCAAGUGGCAGUGAUUCCGAUCGCAAUGGAUUCUUGAGACAGCUAACUUUCAUUAAGGAAUCAAAGACCAUGUUGAGACGUGACAGCUCUGCUCGCAAUACACCAGGAUCUCAGAAUGGAUCACCUCGCAGAGCAGUUCCUGGAGCUUCAGCUGUCUUCUUGUGCUCAUCCCGAUGUCAGGAACUUAAGGCUGCUGUGCAACCCCCAAGAAGGGUGCAAGUAAGAGAUCCAGAUCAAAAACAACAAAUCCAGAGGCCAAACACCGGCCUUCACAAGCAGACAGCAACUCUAUCAAGAGCAACAUCCAGUGAAAGGGACCUAUCUUCAAGACGCUCAGCUAGGAGAACAAGCUCUGAAAGCCCCUGCAGGGUGGCUCAGCGAAAUGGACCUGGAAGACUUUCUGGACUCAGGCAGCAGCAAGACAAGGACACCUUUAAACGUCAUGCCUCAUCACCAAGCAUAAACAUACUGAGCCGAGUGACCAGUCGUUCUUCCCUCCGCUCCUCUUCAUCUGAUUCAAGUGGAAGAGCGAAGAGUGAGGAUGAUACCAAGAAGAAAGGGCAGAGGUCCGCAUCUCGACUAAAAGAUGGAGUUACCUGGAGGAGGAUCAGGGAUGAAGAUGUACCUCAAAUCUUGAAGAGUACUCUGCCAGCAAAUGCAUUACCUCUGGUGCCUUCUCCUGAUGGAGAAAAGCCAAAGCCACCAGCUCUUCCAGGAAAACUGCCAACCAUUCUACUUGCAUCCCGCAAGACAAGUGAUGCAACCGUCCAGACAGAAGAUUUAUCAAAUAACAAGACCAACUCAAGUACCUCACCUACAGUCGAAACAGCUCCAGUGAUCUCUGAGGAAGUAGCAAGACUGGCCCUCCUCAGAAAGAUUAGUGCCACCUCUGGGAGUAACCUCCAGGAAGGAGAUUCAGAAGGCUCUCUGAGGAGCACCGUCUCCACUGGAACAGCAGAUAGCCACAUGGGCGGAGUUGUGACUUUCCGACAGGGAUCCCCAAGCAAGGCUGCACGAGUCACUCCAUUUAAUUACAUCCCCAGCCCCAUGACAUGCUGUCUACAAGACAGCCAGAACCAAGUAGGGACAAUAAUUGAGAAGUCAGGGGGAAAAAAGUGAGUCAUGGGGUAUUUGGUGGAUUAUUGGUUGAUACAGAUGACUCAGCACUCAGAUGGACAGAUGAGGAGUGUGCUGGUCCCUAUACCUCGGGUAUUGACCCUUAUUUAAACCAUUCACUGGAAUCAAAGUUUUUCUCUGAGCAAUUGAUUAUGGCUUCCUUCUACCAUUCAUACAAAGUUGGAUGUAUGCAUUGAGGCAAGUCUGACCUGAACAAACCACCAAUAACUGUCAGUUAUUGCACUUCUAAGGAAAAUCUCACAUGAAGAGAACGUGCAUUUUUGUACUCCUUUUUUUUGUAUUUGUAGAAUAAUCAUUGCCUAGUAGAAAUUAGAAAUUUCAGCACGUAUAUCAUCAGUCUCUUGGACACAAUCGAUUAAAAAGACCAAUAUUAUGCAAACUUUUGAAUGAUCACUUGGUUGGACUUCUACAUAAAAAGGUACAAACUGUGGCAGACUGUUGACAGACUCUUACUGACAUAAAUACACUAACAUGUAAAGUAUUUUUUACAUAAAUACAUCAUCGCUUGGAGUCCUCCUUCCACGCUCAGCUGAAUAUGAUGUUAGCCUUUCCUGUUACAUACAGAGCCCAGUAGGUUUUCCACAUUUCCGAGGAAACCAGUUGCUCAAAUGCACUUUUUUCCCCCAAAUCGCUGUCCUCUAUCAAUAUUACACUUGUGUUUCUGUGAAUUUUCCUAUUUUAUUAUUUUCCUGAUGUGUGUAUACACUUUGUGGAUGCUUUUUGAAAACUCAACGCAUUGUUGUCUUUUCAAAGGCAUCCUUUGUAAUGCGUUAAAUGAUAAAAAUGUAACUAGUACAGAACUGAAAAAUCUGGAUACCAAAAUGAAAAUGAAUAUGUUGAGGUUUUGGGCGUGAUUACUUGAUAACAUGAAUAUACAAGGUGUGAUCAAAAAGUUAUUUUUAAAAAGGUCCAAAAAGAAUUCAAACAUUUCCUGAUUUACAAUUGGUCAGUCUCACAUUCAUGGUCAUCAGUGCAGCUGCAUUGAAAAUGAUUCAAAUUGCAAUGACCCAAACAGCUGCUAUUUUUAGAUCUCUCUAGAAGUCCUGCUUUUUGAUGCACAACAUUUCAAGUCAUUUCCACUGAAUGUUCUCACCAAGUGCACGAGGACAGGACUUCCACAUAAUCAUUUAAAGAAAGCCACAUUAGACGCUAUCUGGACAUGCCCAAAAAGAUGAGCUUGGACAGAAAGUCAGAAGUGUAAAUCGAAAUGAUUUUCUUGGUCCUAUUCUCAGAACUUCUUGUUCACACCUUAAAAAGCCACCAAACAUAUUUUUGUCCAGUCUUGCACAACAGCUAUACCACACAUUUUCAGAUUUUUUUUUACAUUAACACAAAGGUGAUAAUUAUGUUUAUUUCAAGUGAAAUGUUGGUUAAUCUUCCUAACAUUUUGUCCAUUCGCUUAGAGGGGCAAAAUAUAAGAACUAUCCAUUAUGACCUUGACAGUGAACAACACGAUUAACACCUUUCUGACAAUCUAUUAGCAUCAUAAAAGCAGACAUCAUGCCGCAGCUGUCGAGUCAGAUUGCACAUGUGUUUAGUGAAUGUCUGAAUGUAUAUUGCUAUACAAAACUUUUACUCUACAGCAAUGAAUUAUAGCAGUUUAAAUUGAGCAUUUCCAUAAAACAGUUCUACUCUGUCAUUUGAAAGUUGCAAUGACCCAAACAUGCAGAAAUAUUACAGCAUCUUCCACAGAAAGCAUCAGCAGAUUCUGAACAAUUUCACUCUUUCCAGUUCUCUUAAUGUGUCUUAACCAGUAUUGUAAAUAUGCAGAUAUACUACAGCUCCAUGGUGGGUAGAAGAGCCUUGGUGUCGCUCCCUGACAGCAUGCUAAUAUAUUCACUGACUGUAUACACACACCUGUUAACAUUGUGGACACUGAAUAAUAUUCAGUGUUAAUAUACUCUCCAAAGCCCGACAACAGCGUUACCUGCCAUCUGUAUUGUUGUGCUGCAAAAACCUAUAAAGAUAUAAGCUGUCAGCAUAGAUGAGCAAAGCGACUCCAUGCCUCUGACGUUGUGUUUGCUACUAGAUUCAGGUACUGUUUGCUACUUCACUGAUGGUCGGGCUUUGAGUGGACAGACGUGCGUUCUCACAGAAGUCAUCUUCUGGAAGUCUUUAUAAUGUGUUAAUAUCCGCUUAACUGUAUUGCUGUAAAAGUAGUGAUAGGUGGAAAGUACAAAGACGAUGAAUAUUCUCUGUAAUUGUACCAUCACUCUUUCAUGUGUGCCCACUGAGCUGAAUGGGAUGAAAGUUAGUCUACAUUAAGGGGCCGGUAAUUUAAAAAAAACAUAAUUCCUUCCUGUGUUCUCAAAGCAUGUUUCAAUAAAACCCAAGAAGCUUCCGAAUGCAAUCCUUUCAAGUCCCAACACCCAUUUAAAGUUUUAAAAGUGAUUCACUAUAGAAAUCUCUCUUGAGUGUCAAACACGAUUGGAUUUUGUGCAAAGCUCUGGAAGAAGUAACUGAAAACAUCUGCAGAACACUGCGCACAUGAUUACAGUAGUGUGGCUCAACGAAGCUGAGAAAGUCACAUAGACUGUUUUAGUCUAUGUAUUUAGUCUAUAAACUGUUAAGAGAGCAGUUAAGAGGUGCAGCUGUUUGCUACUUUAUCACUUAGCAAACCAGAAAAAUCAAAUAACCUAUUAAAUCCUUAGCUUGACAUAUUCCCCAUGAAAAAGCAAAGGAAGAAAAGUCACAUCAAUAAGAUGUAAAAAAAAUCGCCUGUUCUGACAUAACAUUUAAUCUUCAUUUGAUAUUUUUCACUCUUUUACGAUGUAGACCUAACAAGUCAUUGAGUAAAUAAGUAGAAUAUUAAUCAAUAAUAAAUCAGUUAAAAAAAGAAAUCUGAUCGGAGCUUUCCUAACCAGGGAAAAAUAUUCAAACAUAAUGAUUAAAAUAUUUCUGAACGUCCAGUGAAAACCUUUUGAGCUUGUAACUGUAGACCUGAGAGGAAACUAGCUAAGUGUUUGACACUCAAAAGACAGAUUUAGGGUCCAGAAUCACAUUAGCAGCCCCAUCCAGACUGAAUGAGGUGUGAACAAGAUGAGCAGGGAGACAAAUACCAUCCGAGUCUCUGCUGGUGCCUUGUUUAUGCGUGACUGCAGACAAGUUUAAUGCAGGUCUGAACCGAACUGUGAACUUGGUCGAAGCAUCGUGAGCAUGAACAAGGCUCCAGAGGUAUCAUGGUAACGUGCAAAACAAACGUAUGUCAUUUUAAAUGUCUUCAUUCAAUAAAAAGU